AAGCUCCUCGGUACCGCCCAAGGCAGCGAAGGACGCGCGGCUCCAGGCUGCGGGAGCCAGGGACGACCCGGGGCUCCCAGAGCGCGAAGCCGCGAUCCUGGGCGGUGGAGAGCUGAUGCCAAAACGUCCUCCCCUGCGCGAGUCAGGCCUUCGCGGGGCUGGCAGGCGGGCGGGGGCGGGGCCGCCGCACUUUAAGAGGCUAUGCAGGCAGACAGGCCUCCAGGCCAGCUAGGGGAUCCGCGCCAUGGAGGCCGCCCGGGACUAUGCAGGAGCCCUCAUCAGGCCCCUGACAUUUAUGGGAUCACAGACUAAGCGAGUCCUGCUCACCCCGCUCAUGCAUCCAGCUCGCCCUUUCCGGGUCUCCAACCAUGACAGGAGCAGCCGGCGUGGGGUGAUGGCAAGCAGCCUGCAGGAACUCAUCAGCAAGACUCUGGAUGCCCUCGUCAUCACCACCGGACUGGUCACUCUGGUGUUGGAGGAAGAUGGCACCAUGGUGGACACAGAAGAGUUCUUUCAGACCUUGGGAGACAACACACAUUUCAUGAUCUUGGAAAAAGGACAGAAGUGGAUGCCGGUCAGCCAGCACAUCCCCACUUGCUCACCGCCGAAGAGGUCGGGAAUAGCGAGAGUCACCUUCGACUUGUACAGGCUGAACCCCAAGGACUUCAUCGGCUGCCUUAACGUGAAGGCCACCAUGUAUGAGAUGUACUCCGUGUCCUACGACAUCCGGUGCACGGGACUCAAGGGCCUGCUGAGGAGUCUGCUGCGGUUCCUGUCCUACUCCGCCCAGGUGACGGGACAGUUUCUCAUCUAUCUGGGCACGUACAUGCUCCGGGUGUUGGAUGACAAGGAAGAGCGGCCAUCCCUCCGGUCACAAGCCAAGGGCCGGUUCACGUGUGGAUAGGGAUGCAGGCUGUCACUGGCUCUUGAGCCAAACACUGUGUUUCGUUUGGCUCAAUGACGAAUGUUGAAGAUGCUUUUAUGUUCUGAGCCACAUACACUUGUAGGCCGCUGGUCACGCUGCUCAGGAGCGGUGCCCAGAAAAGGAAAGGGCCUGGUGGUACAUGAAGUGGGGGCUGUGGGCAGGGUGCCGUGGGGGGGAGGCAUAGAGGGCCCUGGGGGUCAUGGGAAGCGACCACGCAGCAGGCGUGCCCAGGAGCGUGUGCAUGUGUCAGAGCCAUUUGGUCCACCAUCUCCUGCAAUAAACCCAUCGCAAGAAUGACCUUCAA